GGCCUUCAAAAAAAAGUAAAACAGCAGCAGCCAACAAACAACCCGUACUCUAGAGAGAGAGAGAGAGAAGAGGAUGGAGAGAGCGACACCUGUUCGGAAGCCUCACACUUCCACUCCAGAUCUGCUGACUUGGUCGGAGGCUCCGCCGCCGGAAUCUUCCUCCUCCGCCGGUGCUUCUCGACCCGCGGCCCGCUCUAACCAGCCGUCGUAUGGAAUUGGUAAGGUGCUGUUUGGAGGUCAGAUUACUGAUGAGGAAGCUGAGAGCCUUAAUAAAAGGAAGCCUUGCUCAGGCUAUAAAUUAAAGGAGAUGACUGGAAGCAAAAUAUUCACAGCCGACAGUGGAUAUGAUUCAACAGAAUCUGGAACUUUUGACGGUAACUCUAAUACCCGAACAUCUGUCCGUAUCGUCCAGCAAGCUGCGAAUGGGAUAAGCCAGAUCUCCUUCAGCACUGAAGAGAAAAUUUCCCUCAAGAAACCGACCACUCUACCUGAGGUAGCGAAACAACGUGAACUGAGUGGAACGUUGGAGAGUGACUCUGAAAGCAGAGCAAAGAAGCAGCUUUCAGAUGCUAAAAGUAAGGAACUCAGCGGCAGUGACAUAUUCGGCCCUCCUCCUGAAAUCCCUCCUCGAUCGUCGGCUGCUGCACGCACAAUGGGAAUGAGAGAAAACAAAGAUCUGGGCGAGCCUGCACCACGAUGUGUACGCACUUCUGUCAAAGUUUCUAAUCCUGCUGGAGGUCAAAGCAAUAUAAUGUUCGGUGACGAACCGGAGGUCAAGACCACAAAGAAAAUUCACAACCACAAAUUUGUGGAGCUGACAGGCACCGACAUUUUCAAGGGAGACGUUCCUCCAGGUACUGCAGAGAAGCCACUGAGUGUGGCCAAAUUGAAAGAAAUGAGCGGGAACGACAUAUUUGCCGAUGGCAAGGUCGAAUCCAGAGAUUACUUUGGUGGUGUUCGCAAACCCCCCGGCGGAGAGAGCAGCAUCGCCUUGCUGUAGUUUGAUCUUGUGCCAUGUAAGUUCUUGGGUACGUUUCUUUCUUCUGCUAGUCCUACGUUAAGUCUCCGAGGGGUUAAGGUAGCAUGGUAGUAAUGUAGUAAGUUCUGUAUUUAGGAUUGUGUACUUUUUUUAUGUUCUCUAGUUCUGGGAUAUGGUUAAUGUUGCACGAAGAUCGAACCGGUUUAUUUGACUAUAUACUUUCUGCAGCAUUCCAUA